AUGUCCACCACCGCCACAUGUCUCCUCUUCUUCCUUCUUCCACUUCUCAUAACCACCAUCAUAUCUCCGGUUGCCUCCGCCGGAAAAGGACAAUGGCAGCUACUACAAAAAAACAUUGGCAUUGUAGCCAUGCACAUGCAACUCCUUCACAACGACCGGCUUAUCAUAUUUGACCGGACCGACUUCGGUCUCUCCAACAUAUCACUACCUGAUGGGAAAUGCCGUAACGACCCGACAGAAAUCACUGUUAAAAUCGAUUGCACGGCGCAUUCCGUUGAAUACAACGUAGUAUCCAACACUUUCCGUCCCUUGUUUGUUCAAACCGAUGUUUGGUGUUCUUCCGGCGGGAUAAACCCCGCCGGAACACUUGUCCAAACGGGUGGUUUCAAUGAUGGAGACCGCGCCGUUCGAAUGUUUGAACCUUGUAACAAUUGUGAUUGGAAAGAAUUCGCCGGCGGACUUAAUGCUCGGCGAUGGUAUGCUACUAAUCAAAUUCUGCCGGACGGCCGUCAGAUUAUCAUCGGCGGUAGAAAACAAUUUAACUAUGAAUUUUACCCCAAAAAUGACAUUGGUGCAGUAAAUUUAUAUAGUUUAUCAUUUUUGGUUCAAACUAAUGACCCUGGUGCAGAGAAUAAUUUGUACCCUUUUGUUUUUCUCAAUGUUGAUGGCCACCUCUUCAUCUUUGCUAACAACAGAGCCAUCCUCUUCGAUUAUAAUAAGAAUCUAGUGGUGAAAACAUUUCCACAAAUCCCAGGUGGAGAACCUAGGAGUUAUCCAAGCACAGGUUCUAGUGUUUUGUUACCAUUAAAAAAUCUUCAAUCAAGAACAAUAGAAGCUGAGGUUUUGGUUUGUGGUGGAGCACCAAGAGGAUCAUAUCAAAAAGCAGAAGCAAAAGAAUUUAUCGGAACUUUGAAUACUUGUGCCCGAAUCAAAAUAACCGACCCGGAUCCGAAAUGGGUAGUCGAAACCAUGCCAGGCGGUAGAGUCAUGGGCGAUAUGGUAAUGCUUCCAAACGGCGACGUUUUGAUAAUUAACGGAGCGGGUUCAGGGACAGCCGGUUGGGAACUUGGACGAGAUCCGGUUUUGAGCCCGGUUCUUUAUAAAACAAAAAACCCAACCGGUUCACGGUUCGAGUCACAAAACCCGUCUAACAUACCACGAAUGUAUCAUUCUACUGCUGUUUUGGUUCGUGAUGGAAGGGUUAUUAUUGGUGGUAGUAACCCUCACAUUGGUUAUAGUUUUGCUAAUGUUUUGUUUCCAACUGAACUUAGUCUUGAAGCUUUUUCACCUCCUUAUCUUGAACCGGGAUUCGCGAAUGUUCGUCCGAGGAUUGUGUCUCCUAUUAUAGGGUCACAAAAGUAUGGUCAAAAGUUGAAGUUGAGGUUUCAGGUGAAAGCAAUGUUGGAUCAGAAAUUGGUUUAUGUUACGAUGUUGGCGCCGUCUUUUAACACGCAUUCGUUUUCGAUGAAUCAGAGGUUGUUGGUGUUGGAGUCAAAUAAAGUGGUUAAGAUGGAAGGAACAACUUUUGAGAUUGAGGUUACUGUGCCUGGUUCACCUGUUCUUGCACCUCCUGGUUAUUAUAUGUUAUUUGUGGUUCAUAAAGAAAUUCCUAGUGAAGGUGUUUGGGUACAUUUAGUUUGA